AGAAAUGAAAAAUUAAUAUGAUGUCUCUGAACAGCAAUAAACGAAAAGGCAGGACAAAUUCAAACAGCAAGUUAGGGAGAUCAAAAUUCUACAAUGAAAAGAAUAUGACUUGCGAUGGCGUAUAUGGGAACUCUCGACUUAUGCAUGCUACAACUUCCUUAGUGGGAUGUAUAGUGCAAGUGCAAGUUCGAAAUGGAGCUAUAUAUGAAGGCAUUUUACGUACUUUUUCUCAUCAGUUUGACCUUGUGCUUGAAAUGACUCACAAAGUAAACAUAAACAAUCCACCAGCAAAAGAUGUUGGAGCUGUUGUAAGCAAUCUAUUAUCAUCCUUUCCAUUUGAAGAUGGCAUUUCAGAAAAGCUUAUUUUUAGACUUGGUGAUAUUGUAACGCUAAAAGCUACUAAUGUUGACACCGAUUUUGCUCUCAAAG